GCGAGCGACCAUGGAGGAGGUCACGCCUCCGAAGAUCAUGGAGACAGUAGCCACGGAACCGAUCACCAUGACAACAGCCACGGCUCCGAUGGCCAUGGCGACAGCCAUGGCGACAGCCAUGGCUCCGGACAUCGGCGUCUGCAGGGUGCAGUCGAGGGCUUCCAUCGUGUGAUCAUCAGCGCCCCAGUGGAGAUUGGCACUGAGAACGCAUUGCUCCGAGAGUUGGGCUUGCCUUUCGAGGCGUACCGGGACUCCAUCAGCGCCAUGCAUCCCUACAACAUCGAGAAUACGGUGAACUUGCGCCGAAACAUCCAGAAGGCGCUGGACGGUCCAUGGAUGUGGUACCGAGGUGGCAUGGCGACACCAGGGUGCCCUGAUUGGGGUGUGCGAUGGCUUAUGCUGGAGACGCCGCUGCAAGCUAGCAUGUCUCAGCUGAACUACCUCGACAUGAAGGUUUCAGGCAUGGACUCCACGCGCGUGUUCCACGUGGAGAUGGACGAUGCCACCUAUAAGGCCACUGUGUUCAAGCAGAGCGUGCCGAUGAUGGCGGUGGACAAGCACAGCACCUGCAGUGCCGAUGUUGAGUGGAACUAUGAUGAUCCGAGCUGCUGGGCCGUGAAGCAUCCCAUUUGCGCUCAGGGCGCCCUCCAAUCUCCCAUCCACAUCGAAAGGUCUUCGGUGAAGAAGGCAGGAAAGGACAACUUCUUGAACAAGUGCAGCUGGCGUCCGGUCAAGAACCUCCAUGUUGUGAACUUUGGUAAGGGCCUUGUCAUUCCGAGCACACAGCUGGGCUACAUUGAACUGACUGGUGAGGACGGCUUUCCCGACUUCUUUGAG